AAAUCGGGGUCGCUCCCGGCCGCCGGGGCGCUCGGGGCAAUCUGCGGGUCGUGUUCCCCCCCCCCCCCCCCGCCGCCCCCCGAUGCCGAGCCCACGGCUCCUGGUGCUGUUCGGCAGCCAGACCGGCACGGCCGAGGAUGUGGCGGAGCGGCUGGGCCGCGAGGCCCGGCGUCGGCGUGUGGACUGCCGGGUGCAAGCCCUGGAUUCCUACCCGGUGGCCAAGGAGACCCCCCCGACAACAUGAAGAGUUUCUGGAGGUUCCUGUUCCGGAAGAGCCUGCCGUCGACCUCCCUCUGCCAGGUGGACUUCGCCGUCGUGGGCCUCGGGGACUCCUCCUACGCCAAGUUCAACUUUGUGGCCAAGAAGCUGCACCGGCGGCUGCUGCAGCUGGGGGGCGCCGCCCUGCUGCCUGUCUGCCUGGGCGAUGACCAGCACGAGCUGGGGCCCGAUGGUGCCAUCGACCCCUGGCUGCACUCGCUGUGGGAGAAGGUGCUGGGGCUGUACCCCGUGCCCCCUGACCUCGGCGUGAUCCCCCCUGGAGUCCCCUUGCCUUCCAAGUUCACCCUGCGGUUCCUUCAGGAGGCCCCGGGGCCGUGCCCGUCAGAGCCGCACGCGGCCCAGGCAGACCCCCCGAGCCCCCCUUCAGAGCAGCGGCCCUUCCUGGCGCGCAUGGUCACCAACCAGCGGGUCACCGGCCCCUCCCACUUCCAGGACGUGCGUCUCAUUGAGUUCGACAUCGCGGACUCGGGCCUCAGCUUUGUGGCCGGCGACGUGGUGCUGAUCCAGCCCGAGAACACGGCCAGGCACGUCCAGCUUUUCUGCCAGGUGCUGGGCCUGGACCCUGACCAGCACUUCACACUGCAGCCGCGGGAACCAGAUGUCGCCUGCCCCGAGCGGCUGCCCCAGCCCUGCUCCGUGCGGCACCUCGUGUCCCAGCACCUGGACAUCGCCCGCGUGCCGCGGCGCUCCUUCUUCGAGCUCCUGGCCUGCCUGUCCCCCGACGCGCUCGAGCGGGAGAAGCUGCUGGAGUUCAGCUCUGCCGCCGGCCAGGAGGCCCUGCACGAGUACUGCCACCGGCCCCGGAGGACCACCCUGGAGGUGCUGUGUGACUUCCCGCACACGGCGGCGGCCAUCCCCCCGGACUACCUAUUGGACCUCAUCCCCCCGAUCCGGCCGCGUGCCUUCUCCAUUGCCUCCUCUCUGCUGGCUCAGCCCGAGAGGCUGCAGGUGCUCGUGGCCGUGGUGCAGUAUCGGACCCGCCUCCAGGAGCCCCGGCGGGGCCUCUGCUCCUCGUGGCUGGCGUCCCUGGACCCUGGGCAAGGCCCUGUCCGGGUGCCCCUGUGGGUGAGGCCUGGGGGCCUGAGCUUCCCCCAAGUCCCAGACACGCCUGUGAUCAUGGUGGGGCCCGGCACCGGCGUGGCCCCCUUCCGAGCAGCCGUUCAGGAGCGAGUGGCCCAGGGCCAGACCGGGAACCUCCUGUUCUUCGGCUGCCGCUGGCGGGACCAGGACUUCUACUGGGAGGCCGAGUGGACGGAGCUGGAGAAGAGGGGCUGCCUGACCCUGGUCACAGCCUUCUCCCGGGAGCAGGAGCGGAAGGUGUACGUGCAGCACCGGCUCCGGGAGCAAGGGCCGCUGGUGUGGGAGCUGCUGGACCGCCAAGGCGCCUGCUUCUACCUGGCGGGCAAUGCCAAGGACAUGCCCGCAGACGUGUCGGAAGCCCUGGAGUCUGUCUUCCGGGAGGAGGGGGGGCUCUCGGGCCCUGAGGCCACCGCCUACCUGGCCCAGCUGCAGCGGACCCUGCGCUUUCAGACCGAGACGUGGGCCUGAGGAGCUGCCGGCCGGCCGGUCCCUCGCGCUGGCCCUGCCUGACCCCAGGUGGGCGACGGCCAGCUCCCCUGUGCGGCCGCACGCGUCGGGGCCUACACUCCGCGUCCGUGUCCCUGGCUCCAGCUGGCCUUUCCCACUGGCCCCCAGUUAGGUCCUGCUCAGGGGGUGACCCAGGAAGGCAUCCUAGCCUGAUGGGCGCCAGGGAGCUCCCCCAGAUGCCAGAUUCCAAACGGCACAGGAAUCUGGGGGUGCAGGGUCCCCGGGAGGGCUGAGUUCCCCCUCCUCUGCCCUGGGUCGCACCCCAGCCCUCAGGUUCCCGGGCCUGUGGGACGAGUCACCAUCCUUGCCUGGUUCCACGAAGACUCAGCAAUAAACGUCAGGCCCAGGUGCUGCUUCUG